AUGGACAUCUCCAUGACCAGCAACAAUUAUAAAACCUUCACUGGAGCUGGAUAUUUCGAGGACCGACGACUUCGUGCCGAAAAAAUGAUUCUAUUAUUAAAAAAAGAACCAUAUCUAAAGUUGGUAGAUACCAACUUUAGAGAGAGAGACGUCAGUAAUUGGCCAAUAAUUACUG